CUGGCGAUGUUUUUCUAAUAAGUCUGUAUUACGCUUCGUAGUGAACGGUUAGCCAUGGUUGCUCUACUACUUUUCACGCAUCUUCCUCGGAUAGUAGACCGGGUCUUUUGCACCUUUUAUAUUCGACUUUCCAGACGUAAGCUUCUCCUACUGAAUUUCUCCUUUCACUCAUGCUUUUAUCGAACUCAACUCUGCAGUCUACACGAUGCAGUCUUCGGUCCUAUCUUCUCCAGGUUGGUUCCAUUCGAGAGAAGCCAUGACUCUAGGCCAGGCUGCUUCUCGAGCAGGCGUUGCCAGCGUCGUCCUUAAUUUCACGGAAUUUGAUUUCACAAAGGCCUUCAACUUCAUCAAAGAGAAGCUUAGCCCCGAGUUCGUGCAAGAAUACUGGCUUGUUUCGGUGGCAGAUGCUUCUAGAGGCUGCUACAUCAGUUGUCGCAAAGUUUCCAUAUGUUGGUUCUCUAUUAAGUUCCUUGACGUGCUGUGGUGCUUGCUUUUUAGUAGGACUGCUGGACCUUCCCCCUGGUACCAUCUGCUUGAUGGACUUAAUGUGACCAAGCCUAACGGCACCGCCGACGGCACGAUUGACGUUGUCACUCUCAAUCGUAAUAUCUUCGAAAAACCGAAUGAUGCCGAUGUUAUUAUGCACCAGGAACUUGACGAAUUCUUCCCCAUGAAAAUCGCGAUGCCGGAGAACAUCACCCUAACACCAUUGACGGGACAUUCCAAGCGUUCAGCCGCAGAUGAUCUUGACCGACCACGAAUUAGAAUCAAGCGCUCGCCCAAAGACUACUAGUGAUGGGAUUUAGGAAAGAAGAAUCAGAUGAGGACUGAAAUUAUGGGAUUCUCGAGCGAUAUCAAUGUGCAGGUAUGUGGGAAAAUGUGGUCGAAGGGAUGCUGCUAAUACUUUUGAAACGAUGAAUUUCAUUCUAAUAGUUGGACUAUCUGUUACGGGUAUGAAGGGACCGGGUCGGGAGGUGUACUUUCUGACAGAAAUUUCUUACUUAUAACUGAUUUAUCUGGAUAGCUAGUCGGAAUUUGUACGGAGAUAUAGAAAACUCCAAGCACUGGGAUGACUUCACGUUUCUAUUAUGCCUCGAUAGUUCUCGUGGUACAUUUCCUCAUAUUCCCUCAAGUAUUCAUCAAGUAGUCGAUCAUUACUUCCAUAUAUCU